GCGCUGUCAUUAAUAUCGCGCAGAGCCUAAAGUAUGCAUACAGCCGCUAGAGUGCAGCUUCAUUGAGAGGAAUCUGUCUGCUUGAUUAAUUGUACAAAUCAAAAGUCACGAAGGGAGGCGGUGUUGAAGUGCCAGAGCCGUGUCUUAGUCGGGAGUAGGCUGCUACAACGGGACACACCGCUACUGUGCGAGCUAACUGCGGCAGAACUUUAAAUUCUCUGAACUUGAUCCCGGGCGUACUCUCUGACCUUCAGCGGCUUGCUCUUUCCACCCGCGUUGGGCGCCUGGCGAUGUAGAGGUCAGAUUGCCGCAGCCAGACAGAUCUCUUUCAACCCGCUGACAAAGAGUGACCUCGACCUCGCCUGUGCCCCGACCCCUGGCCCGAGGCUCCGCCCCCACCCCCCCACCAUGGCCUCUCGCAUUGGCUUGCGUCUGCAGCUGAUGCGUGACCAGCUGCAGCAGGAGGAGCAGCGGGAGCGCCAGCAGGCCGCCGCCCGCCAGUACAUGCAUCAGCACCAAAUGCCGGUCCCGCCCACUCCCGCCAUCAACACCCCUGCCCAGUUCCAGCAGCCCAUGCAGGUCCCUGUGGAGGUCCUGAGGGUACAGACCCACCUGGAGAACCCCACAGACUACCACAUCCGCCAGUCACAGCGACAGCAGCUCAAACAGUACCUCUCCACCACCUACGGCAACAAACAGGCGGUUCACGCCGUCACAGGGGUGCAGCCCUCCCCACCUCCUCUGCCCCCCCUACAGCCCGCCCCCGGCCCCGCCCCAUCCCCACGCAUGCGCACCGAUCAGCUGCUCAGCUCGGGUGGAAACAGCGCUCCCAACAGCCCCAUGGCCCUCCUCAACAUCAGCUGCAGCCAGGAGCAAGAGAUGGAUGAGGUCAUCGAUGACAUCAUCAGCUUGCAGUCUAGCUACGAUGACGUGUCAGCGUAUAUCGACCCCGUGGUUCAGAUGCCAAAUACGCUGCCCCUCUCCAGCAGCCAUGUGGACAUGUACACCGCUCCCGGGAUGUCCGGCCCCACCAUCGCCAUGACCAGCAACUCCUGCCCCCCCAACCUGGCCAUCAAGAAGGAGAUGUCAGAUGUUGAAGCACGGGCCCUGGCUAAAGAGAGACAGAAGAAAGAUAACCACAACCUGAUUGAGAGAAGACGCAGGUUCAACAUCAACGACCGCAUUAAAGAGCUGGGCACCAUGAUUCCCAAAACCAACGACCUUGACGUGCGCUGGAACAAGGGCACCAUCCUGAAGGCCUCUGUCGACUACAUCAAGCGCAUGCAGAGGGACGUUGAGAGAACCAGGGAGGUGGAGAACAACUUCAAGAAGAUGGAGAUGGCCAAUAGGCAGCUGUGGCUGAGGAUCCAGGAGCUGGAGAUGCAGGCGCGUGUGCAUGGCCUCCCCUGCACUUCCCCCUCGGGGCUGAACAACACAGAGGGUAUGGGGUCCCUCAUGAAGCCAGACCAAAACCUGGAGGACCCGGCCCAGGGGCAGAGACAACUCACUCCGCACGCUCCACACGCCCCACAUGCCCCCCUCACACCACACACCCCACACACCCCACAGGCCCCACACAGCCUGCACACCCCUCACACUCCACACACCCCACUCACUCCACACACCCCACACACCACCCACACCCCACACACCCAUCCCCAGCAGCAGCCUGUGCAGUACCCUGCGGUGGGUAGCUCCCACCACUUUGACUUCGCCCAGGCUCUGGACAUGUGUGAGGGCGUGGCGGGAUACCCUGACUCCCUGUCUGAGCUGCCUGAGCUGGCCUCUCUCUCUGGGCCCGGGAAGAAGGAGGACCUGGGCUUCCUGCUGAUGGAGGAGGCGCUGUCACCCAUCGGGGGGGACCCCCUGCUGUCCGCCAUGUCCCCCGACGCCUCUGUGGACAGUCGAAGGAGCAGCUUCAGCAUAGAGGACUCUGAAGUUCUGUGACCCAUAUAACCCCCAUAUUCUGCACUUUCCCCUCACAACAUGCACACACAGAAACACACACACACACACAUACACACACCUACUCAAAUAGUUACACAUGCACGCUUUCGGUCUCACACACACAACCACACAUGCACACAGAAAACUCCAUCAUUGUGGUGACUUUGUAAGGCUUCCUAGUGCCUUAACUUUCACUCUCAGAAUACCUGUACACCAUAAACCUGAGAACUCCAAUCCUGCCCCCCCCCAACCACCUUUGCCCC